AUGGUCGAGGAGGUGCAGAAACAUUCUGUACACACGCUCGUGUUCAGGUCGUUGAAGAGAACCCAUGACAUGUUUGUGGCUGAUAAUGGAAAACCUGUGCCUUUGGAUGAAGAGAGUCACAAACGGAAAAUGGCAAUCAAGCUGCGUAAUGAAUAUGGUCCUGUGUUGCAUAUGCCUACUUCCAAAGAAAAUCUUAAAGAGAAAGUCCCUCAGAGUGCAUCAGAUUCAUAUGGACACAAACAGUAUCCUGCCAAUCAAGGACAAGAAGUUGAAUAUUUGGUGACAGGUACACAUCCUUACCCACCAGGACCUGGGGUUGCUUUGACAGCAGACACUAAGAUCCAAAGAAUGCCAAGUGAAUCAGCUGCACAGUCCUUAGCUGUGGCAUUACCUGCUUCUCAAGCUAGAGCUGAUGCAAAUCGUCCUGUACCUGCUGGAGGUGAAUAUCGACAUCCUGGGGCUUCUGACCGCUCGCAGCCUGCAGGGGCGGUUGUUAUGGAGGGUGGCAAUGCCAAGAACUCUGCACUGAUGGCUAAAAAAGCCCCUACAAUGCCGAAGCCCCAGUGGCACCCACCAUGGAAACUCUACAGAGUGAUCAGUGGGCAUCUUGGCUGGGUUCGAUGUAUUGCUGUGGAACCUGGAAAUCAGUGGUUUGUUACUGGAUCUGCUGACAGAACUAUAAAGAUCUGGGACUUGGCUAGUGGCAAGUUGAAACUGUCAUUAACUGGGCACAUAAGCACAGUGCGUGGUGUGAUAGUGAGCACGCGGAGCCCGUACCUGUUCUCCUGUGGAGAGGACAAGCAAGUCAAAUGCUGGGACCUCGAGUACAAUAAGGUUAUAAGGCACUACCAUGGACAUCUGAGUGCCGUGUAUGGCUUGGAUUUGCACCCAACCAUUGAUGUGCUGGUGACCUGUAGCCGAGACUCAACCGCACGGAUUUGGGAUGUGAGAACUAAGGCCAGUGUACACACAUUAUCUGGACAUACUAAUGCGGUGGCUACAGUGAGGUGUCAGGCUGCGGAACCACAGAUUAUUACUGGAAGCCAUGAUACUACAAUACGAUUAUGGGAUUUGGUGGCUGGAAAAACAAGAGUCACAUUAACAAAUCACAAAAAAUCAGUCAGAGCUGUGGUUUUACAUCCAAGACAUUACACAUUUGCGUCUGGUUCUCCAGAUAACAUAAAACAGUGGAAAUUCCCCGAUGGAAGUUUCAUUCAAAAUCUUUCUGGUCACAAUGCUAUUAUUAACACAUUGACAGUAAAUUCUGAUGGAGUGCUUGUAUCUGGAGCUGACAAUGGCACUAUGCAUCUUUGGGACUGGAGAACUGGCUACAAUUUCCAGAGGGUUCAUGCAGCAGUGCAGCCUGGGUCUUUGGACAGUGAGUCGGGAAUAUUUGCUUGUGCUUUCGAUCAGUCUGAAAGUCGAUUACUAACAGCUGAAGCGGAUAAAACCAUAAAAGUGUACAAAGAGGAUGAUACAGCGACAGAAGAAACUCAUCCAGUCAGCUGGAAGCCAGAAAUUAUCAAGAGAAAGAGAUUUUGA